AUGGGGCUCCGAGACUCGCGCUGGGCUUCCUCAGCCCGCGAGCCGUCACUUCGCACCUGGCCCCAACAUGUCACCAACGUACAGCCAGCGACACCUCCUCCAGAGCAGAAUGCACUACUUCCGGCAUCCAUAUCAUCCAGAACAACAGCUUCAAGCACUCUACCGUCUCUCGCGAAGUCAUCGCAGAGGGAGCUUGACCGAUACCUCAAGCUGGUCGCGCGCCUGAAAUGGAAAUUGCCGUUCCUGGCCGAGGGCUACCGCAUUGCGACAGAUCGACUCGGCCGAGCCCCGCAGGACGUGGCAGCGAACGAGAUCCAUUUCAAGAUCGACUUCUACGAGUAUUACAUGCACAUCGAGCGGGCCCUGGUUCACCUGAUGGGCGUCUUCGGCAUCGCGGUCACUGGACUGGGCGACUCGCUCCACAACCCGUCGAGCAAGCACCAGUCUAAGAGCGGCGGCGAGGACGGACACGGGCUAGAUAGGCGUGACCGUGGUGAUGGCACGGGUGGUCUUCAGAGGAGCACACACCGCUUCCACGCGAACGUGCUGGCAGCCCUGGACCGGCCCGACAACCCGCUCCACGAGGCGCUCGGCCAGGGGGAGGUCAAGCAGCAACUGGCGCGGGCUAAGCAGCUGCGGAACCGAUGGAAGAAUGCCGACUUUGAAAACGCCGAGCAGGCGCGUGGCUUCACGCCGGCGCCUCUGGAGGCCUACAACCUCGAGAAGAUUCUUGAGACCUUGUUCGCCGGCUUUGACGCGGGAUACACCUUGGCGGAGACGUAUGUGCGCAGUCUCGACGGCGGCGCUGGCACCGCCCACGGCGAGCCCGGCUCUGAUGCGGCCAUGAACUGGGAGAGGGAGGAGGAGGACUGGUCCUUUAUCGCUGACGCGAUGGACUGGGAGGCUGUUUAG